CUCUCUCUCUCUCUCUCUCUCUCUCUCUCUCUCCUUUAUUUUAUAAACUCUUAUGGGUCUUUUUAAAGCACUCGACGCUAUUGUUCACGGUGGUGUACAACAGCCUGAAUCUUACGAUAAAAAGAAGAAUUAUACCUUUGCCGAAGUCCUUGGUAGCGGCUCCUUUGGCUCUGUAAAAAAAGCAAUUAGGCUGAGCGAUGGAAAAGAGGUUGCUAUUAAAAUUAUUCCUAAACGUACAGUGAAGAAUCAUUUUGAUAUGGUCAAAGAUGAAGUGAGCGUUCUUGGUCGUUUGGACCAUCCCAAUGUCAUUGGCUUUUAUGAUAGCUUUGAGUCAAGAGACAAAUUUUAUCUUGUUUUUGAACUUGCCACUGGUGGUGAGUUAUUCGAGCGUUUGUUUGAACGAGGCAAAUUUUCUGAAAAAGAUGCUGUGCAAGUCAUUAAAUCCGUCUUGAACGGCCUUGAAUAUUUGCAUGAGCAUGAUAUUGUGCACCGAGAUAUGAAGCCCGAAAAUCUCUUGUUUAAAACACCUGAAUCAAAUGCCGACUUGGUGAUUUGCGAUUUUGGAAUCGCUAAAACAAAUGCACAAACUUCCGCAUUGGAGACUGUGUGUGGUUCACCUGGUUAUGUUGCACCGGAAGUACUACUUCAAAAGGGGUAUGGCUCAGCCAUUGACAUGUGGGCCGUGGGUGUUAUUACUUAUACAUUACUAUGCGGUUAUCAACCAUUCCAAGCAGAAGACCAAGUAGAACUUGUAGAUGAAAUCACAAACGCACGUUACGAUUUCCACGAAAGAUACUGGAGAAAUAUCUCUCUUGAAGCCAAGGAUUUUAUUCGAUGUCUUUUAACAUUGGAUGUGAAUGCGCGAUUGACUGCAACACAAGCCAAGAAACACAUAUGGAUGACAAGUAAUGAUAUCAAUGACAUUGAUAUUCUGGAAACCGUUCGCGAAAACUUUAAUCCGCGCCGAACCUUAAAAAGCGCAGUCAGUGCAGUUCAAGCCAUGAACCGAUUAAAGGUGGCUGCUGCUGCUGUACCACCCGCCCAUGGAGAGAAAAAGAGCGCAGCCAUGGCUUUUUCAAAAGCGCUUGGAAAUGCUAAAUUAAGAGCUCAUCAUCAUCAUAAAGAGCAACAUGCAGCACCAGAGCUCGUUCCAGUCUUAGCAGCAGCUGCAGCACCGGCACCAGCAACAACAGCAGAUAAACCUGCCGUUGCUGUCGCUGCCUUAUAAUUAUAAUUAUUAUUAUUAUUAUCCUGAAUAC